UAAUGUUGUGACGUAUACACAGCUGAGGCGGACAUUUUGGGAAGUGAGUGAUGUGUUUUGUGUUUAGUUCACGUUUAUCACCAACAUUCGCUACACAUUGCUGUAGGUCGUACACGGAAAAGUAAUCACAAAGAACAGGGACAGUGAACAAGUUGCUAAAUUGAAAGACAUUCCUUAUGUCAAUAAGGCCUACAUGUCAUCACUUGAUAUGAGUGGUACUAUUAACCGGCAAAACAGUUCGGCUGGUACUGGAAAAUCAACUGUUACACCAACUGCAGCACCGCUGACAAGCACGGCGGACCUAGCAAGUUUAUUUGAGUGUCCAGUAUGUUUCGACUAUGUGCUACCACCAAUAAUCCAAUGCCAGAGUGGUCACCUGGUAUGCUCCAGUUGCCGGCCAAAGCUUUCCUGUUGUCCCACAUGCAGGGGACCCCUAGGUAACAUACGGAACCUGGCCAUGGAGAAGGUGGCCAGCUCUGUGAUGUUCCCCUGUAAAUAUCAGUCCUCAGGUUGUACAGUAUCGCUGCUUCACACGGAGAAGACAGAUCAUGAGGAAGCUUGUGAAUUCAGGCCGUACAUGUGUCCGUGUCCGGGCGCGUCGUGCAAGUGGCAGGGUUCGCUGGACGAGGUUAUGCCACAUCUCAUGACCUCACACAAGUCCAUAACAACUUUGCAAGGCGAGGACAUUGUAUUCCUGGCGACAGACAUCAACCUGCCCGGUGCUGUCGACUGGGUGAUGAUGCAGUCGUGCUUCGGCAACCACUUCAUGCUCGUGCUCGAGAAGCAGGAGAAGUUCGACGGCCACCAGCAGUUCUUCGCCAUCGUGCAGCUCAUCGGCACGCGGAAGCAAGCCGAGAACUUCGUCUACAGGUGA